AUGACCAUGAACAACCUCACGACUGUUUUCCUCUUCUCCCUGCUCUCCGUGUUCGCGCUCGUCAGCGCGUUCCCCAUCCGCCGCGACGUAUGGGACCCCGAGAUCCUCAGCCCGAACUCCAGUACGGUCUGGGUGAUCGGUCAGACCUACAACGUGACAUGGAACACGUCUGACCACCCGGUCAAUAUCACCAACAAGAUCGGCAAAGUCGUAUUAGCCACGAAUUACAUCCAGAACUACGAACAUCCGCUUGCCUCCAACUUCUCCGUUUUGGAUGGCACCGUUGCAAUUACUGUCCCGGAUGUCGAGCCUGGCUCCGACUACUCCAUAGUCUUGAUGGGUGAUUCCGGCAACUACAGCCCCAAUUUCACCAUCACCUCUGCGUAA